AUGCAGGUCGUAGCUCAAGCCACCACCAUGGCCAUGCAUUGCGCGAAAUAUGAUUCGACAGCCACAGAAGUCCGGCAAGAUCGCCAGUGCUUCCCUGUCGCCACAACUCUCUUCACCGAUGCGCGCAACGUGGCCACGACUGCACCCAAGCAAAUACGAACCUGA